AUGAGCACUGGUCCUCAUAUCGUGUGCCUCGAAGAGUGCCACUGUCCCAUCCCCAAGUUCCCAUUUCCACACACAUAUCGAGGCUAUACAUCAUCGACCCGCGAGGACGUUGCAACUCGACUCCUCGACGCCGACAUUGCAAUUACAACCAUCAUCCCAAUCUCAUGCGCCGUCCUCGACCAAUGUCCCCGUCUAAAAUGCGUCUACGCAAUGGCGACCGGAACUGAAUGGGUUGAUCUCGAGGGCUUCCGCAAACGCGGCGUCACAGUCAUUCGGGCGCCCCAGUCCAACGUGGAUGCCGUGAGUGAGCAUGCCAUGGCAUUAUAUCUUGCAUCGCGUCGCAAAAUUGUUGAAAUGCAUAAUCGGUGCAUGAGAUCGAAUGAAUAUGCAGAGAAAGGCACAUUGACUCAUUAUUUCCCUGCGCCUCCGCCUUCGUGUUCUUCCGAGACCCUGGUAAUCAUCGGGUAUGGAUUUCUCGGGAAAAAGGUCGAAAAAAUAGCCAGCGCUCUCGGUAUGCGGGUUAUCAUUGCAGACCGGAAAGGGACGCCGAGGGAAACUCUGCGAGAAGGACGUAUGGAGUUCGAGGCUGCUCUGAAGCAGGCAUCGGUGGUCAUCGUGACGAUUGCGAAAACUCACGACACGAUUGAUCUUAUCGAUGAGAAGGAGUUGAGGAUGAUGCGGAGGGAUGUCAUUGUGGUCAAUGUAUCUCGCGGGGGCAUUGUCAAUGAGAAGGCGCUCAUUUCUGCUCUUCGUCAAGGCGAAAUUGGAGGCGCUGCUACGGAUGUUUUCCAGAAUGAACCGCCACAGCGAAACACCUCGCUACUGUAUGAGGAUAUCCCGAACCUCACUGUUUCACCACAUCUUGCGUGGUACUCGGACCAGACUAUUCGGAAUCUUCAGGAUCUUCUUGUUAGAGGGCUGGAUGCCUACCUAAGAGGAUCACCUAUAAAUACUGUCUAG